CUCCUCUCCAGCCCGGGCCGUCUGUAUUUUUGGGAUGUUUUAAACGGGCCGGGACAAAGACAUGUUUCCAGGCCGGAGCCCGGCCUGAGCAGAUGUUCCUGCUCUGUGGAGGACAAGGGAAGGAAGAAGGACGAGGUGGAGGAGAAGACCUUAUUUCUGCAGAGAAAGGAAGGGAUAGAUGAAAUGGCUGAAGAUGUCUGUGGAUUCUGAGAACUCCUGUGUUCUGCUGUCGUCCCGAGAAUCCAGGACUUCCUGCAUCUUCCAGGCUGCAGACGAGAGGGAUGAAAUCCCAGGAGUGGGAGAGGAGAGCGUCCUGGAGAUGCUGAGUUAUUCCAAGUACUCGGACCUGGAGACAUGGCUGUGCAUGCCGUCCUCCCUGCUGCUGUCCAGGCCUCUGGACGGCACCCAGACCUCCUCUUCCUGCUCCACCCUGUCAUCCUCGCACGCGUCCAACCACUCCUCCAACUCGCCGACUAUGUCCUCGUCGUCGUCGGCGGCCUCCAUCUCCCGGCGCUCCAUCUGCAGUGAGCCGGGAGAAGCCCUGCUCAGGGCCUUGGACAGAGAAUCGACUUUUCUCACACCUGCCUUGGGAAAGGAGGCGACGUUCCUGUCUACGCCUCUCCUGCCCAUCCUUUCCUCUACGCCUGCUGCCGCCUCAGAGUCCGGCUCGCGGUCGGCAACGGGAGACUCCACCUCCUGCAGCGGCGUCAGCGUCAGGAAGCGACGGCGGCUCGCCGCCAGCCCCGGAGGACUCCACUGGAACUCUGAAGGUUCUGUGCAGCGCGACUUCUGGUCACCCGAUCCUCCUUCUGGAUCGGCAGCAGGUGGAGCCAGAGGAGCCGGGCCGAGUGGGAGGAGCCUCCUGCUGGGUCAGACGGACAGGGUGACACCUGUGUGGACGGCAGGUGAGCGGGUAGCUCUGAGGAAGACCUUCUCGGCCGAUGAUCAGCUGCUGAGGCCGGCGGGCGGAGAACUGAAGCUGCUGAACCGCUUGGAGAGAGGCCGAAAGAAGCUGCGCAGCAUCCAUAGCCUGGGAACACCUGGCCGAUACGACAGCAGGAAAAAGUCGGACAGUAAGAUCUCCCGCUUGGCUCAGCGGUGGAACCAGAGGACAGCAGGAGAUGCUCUGAUCCGAGACCUGAAGCCCCUGUACCCCACAGGAAUCUAUCGAUCCUCGCUCAGCCUGGACAGACAUCUCCCAGGCAUUAUGACCCAACAGAUGCAGAACCUGCAGUUGUCCCAGACUAGGAAGUGUCCUGGCGGGCCAACGUCACCGAGCGCCGCCAAGCGCCUCUACAGGAACCUGUCGGAAAAGCUGCGGGGAAGCACCUCCUCCUUUGAAGAUGCCUACUUUUUUGGAAAAACGGACCGCCUCCGGAAAGCCUCGACGAUGCAAGGCAGCGACUGCAUCUUCGAGGCCGUGGAGCAGCAGGAUCUGGACACCGUGCAGAUUCUGCUGUACCAGUUUUCUGCUGAGGAGCUGGACCUGAACACACCCAACAGCCAGGGCCUGACGCCGCUCGACAUCGCCAUCAUGACCAACAACACUCCCAUUGCCAAGCUACUGCUGAAGGCUGGCGGGAAGGAGAGUCCACACUUUGUGAGCGUGGAGAGUCGUGAGGCCCACCUGAGUGCCCUGGUGGAGGAGGCCGAGCGGCGGGCGGCCGACUUGGCGGCUCAGGCUCAGAGAGACGGCCUGUCGCUCGAGGCCUGCCACAAAGACAAGCAGCUGAGGACGUGGGAGUGGAGGAGCAAGCUGUACAAGCGCAUGAGGACGGGCUUCCAGCAUGCAUGUGCCCCGGAGGCCCCCACCAUGGUUCGACUAAGUGUGAGCAGCAGUACCACGCUGACCGUCACCUUCCAGGAGCCACAGAGUCUAAACUCCACAGUGGUGACCAAGUACAGAGUGGAGUGGAGCUGCCUGAAGGAUUUCUCGCUGCUCGCCGGUGAAAUGGUGCUGGAUAAUCUGCAGAGUCUCAAAUGCACCAUCAGCAGCCUCUCCACGGGUCGGCUUUAUUACGUGCGAGUGUCUGCGUACAACAUGAAGGGCUGGGGUCCGCCUGCCUCCUCCCUGCCUCCAUCCGCCGCUCCGUCCAACUGGAGGGAGAGCGAUGGCCGUGAACCCAGGAGGCGGGGCCACAUCGAGGCCAUGGAGCGUCUGCUGCAGCAGGUCCGAGCAACGCACACACACUACUGCUGCGGAGACUCGUCGAAACUUCAGAACCCAAGCAGGAAGCAGUCCGUCUCCAGAAGCCUCAAGCACCUCUUCAACUCCUCAAACAAGUUUGUGAAGACACUGAAAAGGGGGAUUUACCUGGCUGCUGUUUUCUACCACAAGGACAGCUUACUAGUGACUGCAGAGGAGCAGAUUCCCAUCGUGGAAGUGGAUGAUUCCUACAGCAGCUCGCUCAUGCAGGACUUCCUCUGGUUCACCAAGCUGUCCUGCAUGUGGGAGGAUGUCCGAUGGCUGAGACAGAGCAUGUCUGUCUCCAUGUCUUCUUCGUCCACCCUGCAGGCCCGCCAUAAGAUGCUCACUGCUGCCGCCCAGCUGCAAAACCUUCUUGGAACCCACAACCUGGGCCGGGUCCACUACGAGCCUAUCAAGGAUCGCCAUGGCAACGUGCUGCUCGUGACCAUCCGCGACACCGAGAGCCAGCACUCGCUGUUCAGCGGGAGGUGGAUGCAGGUGACCAAACUGCAGAGCCAGAGGAAGUCCCUGUCCACGCCGGAGGAGCCGUACGCGCUGGACAUCCUCAUCAUCACCAUGCAGGACAUCCUGGCGUACCAGCGGCGCAGCACCCACCGCCUCGCCCCUGGCCUCUACCUGGGCUACCUGAAGCUCAGCAGCUCCGUGGACCAGAUCAAAGUGUUGGUGUCCCAGCGGGCCCCCAACAUGCUGUGCCACACUCGGAUCCGGGACAACGCCAACGUGUCCAGGGAGGAGUGGGACUGGAUCCAAACGCUGGUGGCCAUGGGGGAAAAACGACGCAGCGAGGAGGACGAGGAGGAGGCGGAGCCUCAGCCAGAAAGCCACGCCCCUCUGCUGUACUACGAGCUGCAGACGGCCAUCAAGUCGCUGCUGAAGCACAUCAAUGUCCCUCUGCACCAGGCCCGCCACUUCCGUCUCUACAGUCUGGAGGUGGUGGAGAUCGGCCACGGCGUCUCCUUCCUGCUGCUGCUGCCCCCUGCUGACGAUGUCUGCUCCGCCCCCGGCCAGUCCAACCCCUACGCCCCUCUGUCAGGGUUCCUGCACCUCCCGCUGCAGAUGUUUGAGCUUGUUCACUUCUGCACCUACAAAGAAAAGUUCAUCGGUCUCUACUGCCGCCUGUCCUCCGUUCUGGACCUGGACGCCCUGAUUACCCAGCAAGCACUGCGGGAGGCCAUCACGGACGGCGAGUUGACGAGUGCCAGAUCCCGACAUCAGCUCAUCCUGGACUACAUCCAGCAGCUGGAUGAGAUGCGGCGCGACCUCCGCUGGAUAACGGACGCCCUCCAGUACGCGCGCUACAAGCAACCCCGUGGCGGUGUCCUCAUCACCUGUCUGGUGGACGCCAGUGCUUCAGAGAGUGAUUCUGGACAGCAGAAGACUGACUCCACCUCCUCCACAAUGGACUACAUGCCUACACCCUCCCCGUCGCCAGAGCUCCGGCAGAGGAAGGCCAUCAGUGACUCUCUGCUCGGCUCAGAUGAGGAUGGCUCCUCUGAGGUGUUCCUGCCCACCGACAGCGACUAUGACUCCAGUGACGCCCUGAGCCCCCGCGAACUAGAUCUGCUCUACUCCCCAGCUUCAGAUCUGUCCCAGCAGGUCAUGCACUCGCUAGGUGGAAGCGCCCCCGACGUCCUGCAGAUCCACGAACUCAGGUACAGUAUUUGCCCACCGACAGACUUCCCUGUUUCCACUCCCAGGAAGGAUCCUCUCCUACCUACCUCCACUUCUCCAUCUGCAGAUCUCUCCCUCCCCACCUCUCCUAACCCGCCAUCUCGCUGCAGAACCCUGCCUAUAUCUCCCUCCCUUCCCUUGUCCCCCAUGUUCUACAAAGAUCUCCCCAUGUCGUCCCCCCUGUCCCCGGCUCUGUCCGACACCACCAAGACUUUUGAGGGCCUCUCACUUACUAAGGAGGGCCCAGCCCCUCUGAGGGGUCUUGCCAAUCCACCGGCCAAACGCAAACUGCUCUCAAGGAGCCACCGGGGGCAGUAUUUCAGCGGACCCCAACGCUGGCUCCGGGGCCAUAGUGGGGAGAGUCUCACUGGGUCUUUAUCGGAGGGCGUUUACACCAGGCAACUGGACGCCGACCUAACUCCACUGGGGGACCCACCCUCACCGCAGGGCCACACCUACGUAAGCCACGCCUCCUGCGUCCUGGAGAAUCGUAAAGCCCGGAACCGGGAACAGCGGCCCCACGUUCGCAGGAUCUUUGUGGAGCCCUGCAAGGAUGCGUCGCCGAGUCGGGAGGAGGAGGAGACUGUAACGGCCGCGGGAGUGUCAGUGGUUGUAGCACAAGCAGAGUCUGGAGAGGAGGGGGAGGAGCCGGAGGGAGCCACUGCCCAGGAAGUGGACUCAGACGACCAGACAAACGCGCAGGUCUCAGAGAUUCUCAGCAGCACACUGUAGAGGUGAAGCGCGUUGUUGGACAACGGACGUUACAUGGACAUUAAAUCCACUGCAAACGACUGAGUCGUCUGUGUUUUUACCUCAUGACACCAGCAGUCCUUGCAUCCAGCAAGGACUCGCAUCCUCUCCUUCAGCGACACGUCACAGCUGAAAGCUGCGAUAAAACCUUCAUCCAGUUUAUGGCUUAUUGUAUUAAAUCUAAAGGUCAGAGCCUCACUGUAUUCACUCCCCAUCAAAAUCAGCUCAGAUUGGAUCAUUAAACCCCUCCUCACAGGCCUUUGUGCAAAGAAAUCCAGUGAUUAGAGGCACAUUCAGCGACAUGUAAGUAAGGUCAGCAUGUAAGGCUGCAGUUCACAAAUUAUGGACUCGGCAACAACUGAAAUUGUGAGAUUACAGAGACCCCUAAGACGUGGGAUGGAGGAUUUUCCACAUCUUGACAUCAAAGUUUGUGCUUUAACAGAAAUCAAUGACCAACAAUGAUCCACCGGUGCUAAUUCUGAGUGAAUCCGAAUAAUUUGAACAGUUUCAGACUAUAAAGUAAAACUGAGUCUGUGGAUAGCCUGUUUGUUUGCAGGUUUUAGAUCAAUUUAUCCUUCCAUAAAUCCCUUUCAUUACAGUAUACCAUUAGAUUCCUGGCCGUUCCAUUGAUUUCUGGUCUGCAUUUCAAACAAAGAUCACGUCACGAUCAGGUUAACAGCUAUUUGUGCUUUUUGCUCGUACAACAAACCCUAAUUGCAGCAGUGCAAUUAGCUCUGCAUGAUGGUUUAGCUCUUCUGACUGUUGCAUCAUGAAAAAUAGCAUCACAACGGCUGACAAACCACUUUGUCCUUUACUGCUGGCUUGUCGCAGUCUUGUUCGCUGCACGUAAAACCAAACAUAGAAUUUAAACAGAUGCAUCCAUCUUUGGGUUAACUACCAAAUUUUCUUCAGUGGUGUUUUGGCAGCAAAUGUAAAGGAACAAUGUACUUCAGAGAGUCUGACCUAAAUGUUUUCCUGAAAUUGGGGUAUAAAAUUAAGUUUAAGCACAUUCUCUUCUCGCAGUGUUGGUUUUGAUGGUUUGUCCGCUACUCUGUGGAUGUUUUUAAUGCGACGCAGAGUCGUCAUUCGCCAGGACAGCCUAAGCACGAACCUCUUCUUUCCACAAGAACGUCUGUGAUACACUGAAACCAUCGUCCUCGAAGCUGAACUUUCCGACUCAAAGAGCAACCCUCCCAUCCGGAUACCAGAUUGAUUUCAAGUUGCUGGUUCAACUCCACCAAGCCUCAGAACCAAUGGCAUCGACUGUUACAGAUAAUGAUUAAUGCAACCAAGAACCCAGGCACUGCACCCCCUUCAGGACGUUUGCAUUGUGACCCUUCAGGUCACCCAGGAGAACAACUGGAGAAAAGAAAAAUAAAUAAAUAAAAGAAGAAGAAGAAUACAUUUCCCCCGGUUCAGUUUAUCUGUAAAAGAUUCCAGUAUUCCCCCUCGUCCUCAGCAUGAACUGAAUGUAGGUUUUGACCCGUUUGUGACGAUUCAAUCGGUUGUUCUGAGCUGCUCGGAUGUUUCAGUUAAAAUUGGAAAAAAGAAAAAAAAAAAAGAAACAAAUCUAUGUGUAUAUAUUCUUACAAACAGAUCGAACACCAGAGUCUUUAUCACAUGAAGUAUUUUUUUAUUCCUAAACCUAAAGAUGGAAUGUGGCCUGAGCUGUAUUUUUGUCAGCAUGAUGUAGACCGUAGUCUUUGUUUUAUUGGACUGACGCUUUGUGUCCGGUUUGUGCCUCGUUCGGGUCCGGCAGUACGGUGACGUGCGCUCGGAUCCCUCUGGUUCCUGUUCUGCUUUACUCUUGAUUACUGUUGUGUUUUCUGUUCUUUUUUUUUUCGGGUUUUUUUUAUUAUUAUUUUAUUUUUUUGUAAAUCAACGUGAACCAAAUCCUGCACCCGUUUUUCUUCGUAAUGUUGGGGAAGUGAUGACAUGUGGACCUGCCUGAACAUGCACACGUUCUUAACAUGUAUGCACAGUAUUUUGAAACAGCGUUUUUUCUAACGUUUGCACAUUCUGAUUAUGGAAUAAAAGCUAAUUGAAUAUUUGAUGCAACAGGGCAUUAACUGUGGCAGCUUCUGUUUAUUCUGAAGGCUGGUCCCGGAAAGACCGACGGCGGAGACGUAUGGAGUAUUAACUUGUGAGUUUGGUCAUGUUUGAAUGUGUUACUAGUGAAGUGUCAGAGUUCAGCUUUACAACCAGACAUGCACUAUAUGUACUUACUUGUUUCUGCUGCAGGUGUCUGUACUUUUCUUGGCAUUUAUCAGUUUUUGCUGAAAUAAACAAAAAAA